UGUCCAUGGUGUUCACUGAGCUCUUGGAGCAGCCUGGGGGUGCGGGCUUCUUCCAGGCCCUGCAGGUCCUCACCUUCUUCCUCCUCUUUGUCUGGGUGCCCAUCCAAUUAGUUGUGGAGAACUUUUCAGCUGCUGUCCCAGGCCACCGCUGCUGUGCCCACAUGCUGGACAAUGGCUCUGAGGCCCCGGGAAACCUCACCCCCAAGGCCCUCCUGGCCGUCUCCAUCCCACUGAGCCCCAACCAGGAGCCCCACCAGUGUCUGCGCUUCCACCAACCACAGUGGCAGCUCCUGGACCCCAACGCCACGGCCACCAACUGGAGCGAGGCUGCCACGGAGCCACGCGUGGACGGCUGGGUCUACGACCGCAGCACGUUUACCUCCACCAUCGUGACCGAGCAGGACCUGGUGUGUGACCACCAGGGCCUGAAGCCCCUAGGCCGGUCCAUCUACCUGGCGGGGGGCCAUGGCGGGUGGAUCACCUGGGGCCUCCUCUCCCACCAGUGAUUUGGGCGGAAGCCUGCUCUGAGCUGGCGCUGCCUGCAGGUGACGUGGCCAGCAUCAGCCCCAUCGUUGCCCUCAAUCUCCGGUCUACGAUUUUUGAGCCCUUUGGGAUUGUCUGGCAUCAUCCUGACCUCGACAACGCUCAUGGUGGAGUGGACCACGGCCCGCACGAGGGCCGUCACCAUGACGAUCCUGAGAUGCACCUACAGCAUCGGCCAGACGGCCAUGGGCAGCCUGGCCUUUGCCCUGUGGGACCGGCGAGCCCUCCAGCUGGUCUUGUUGGUGCCCUUCUUGGUCAUCUUCCUGAUAUCCUGGUGACCAAGCACCUGCUUCUUUAACCGGUGGCUGCCGGAAUCCGCCCGAUGGCUGAUUAUGGUGGGCAAAACAGAUCGAGCGCUUCAGGAACUCAAAAAGGUGGCCAAGAUAAAUGGCCACAAGGAAGCCAAAAAGACACUGACUAUAGAGGUACUGAUGUCCAGCAUGGAGGAGGACGUAGCCUCUGCGGAGUCCCGCCGGUCAGGGCUGGACCUGUUCCAUAUGCUCGCGCUCCACUGGAGAAGCUGCAGACUGGUGGUAGUGAGGUAUGCCAUCCUGGCAUCCCUCCCGGGGCUAAGGAGGGCGGGCUUGUCCCUCACCCUCUCGUACUAUGGGCCAGUCCUCCUCCUGCAGAACCUGGGGAGCAGCAUCUUCUUCCUCCAGGUCCUCUUUGGAGCCGCGGACUUCUGGGCCCGGAUCACCACCACGCUCCAACUCAGGUUCUUUGGCCGCCACACAACCCUGGCUGGCUCCCUGGCUGUGGCUGGCCUCGCCAUCCUGGCCAACAUGCUGGUCCCACAAGAUCUGCAGACCCUGCAUGUGACCUUGGCUGUGCUGGGAGAGGGGUGUUUUGGCACCAGCUUAACCUGCGUCAUGGUCUACAAGCCGGAACUCUUCCCAACUUCACUGCGGAUGACAGCAGAAGUCUUCCUGCAUUCAGCAGGUCAGCGGGGGUCCCCCUCUUAUGGUGUCAUCCCCAUCGUUUCCCACCUCUUUGUCCUCUUCCUCCUGGAGACCUGGGGACUUCCACUCCCUGACACCAUCCAGGCCCUGGAGAGACAGUGAGUGACCCAUGGCCACCCUGGGAAUGAUGCAGCUGCAUGGGG